ACUACACAAAUCAUCUCUUUCACAUCUCUAUCUCGGUAAGUCUCUCUCUCUCUUUCUCUCUCUAUAUCUAUAUAUCUAUAACCUUUUUACCCUAACUUUCUCUCUCUAAAAACCUCUCUUUCAACUCGCUCGUUUUCUCGAUUCUUCAACAAGCAAAGAGGUUUAUCUAGGGUUUCAAUACACACACAUUAUCCCCAAUCCAUCCAGAUUUCGCUUCACCUUUCGUUUUGAAACCCUAGGGUUUCAAAUUUUGAAUCGUUUACUGUACGAUUCAUUCGCGCGCACUUAUAUCCUGUUCGAAUUAGGGUUUAGUUGCGUGUAAUCGGUAUCGUAUCGAUAUUGUUGGUGAUUCUAUACACUUGUGGUUUGUUACAUUGAUUUCGAACGUUGAUUUAACCCUACCGUUGAUUAGGUUUUGUUUGUGUUUGAAUUUGAAUCGUUUACUGUACGAUUCAUUGGCGCGUAGUUAGGGUUUAGUGUUGUGUGAUCUGUUCGGUAUCGGUUUUGUUGUUGAAUCUAUCGAUUUGUGUUUCGUUACCUUGAUUUCGAACGUUGUAGAUCGGUGACGUAUCGGUUUUGUUGAUGAAUUAGCCCUAUUGCUGAUUAGGUUUUGUUUGCAUCCAAAUUCGAAUCACUAUUUGUCGAUUUUUCCGCAAAUUGGACGUAUAAAUUGCUGGUAAGGAUACAGAAUCGAAGUAUCUAAUCCUUAGUUUAUGAUCUUUGAGGAAUUUGAAUCAUAAACUUAUUGAUUGGUUUGAUUCGUUGUCUCGGUAUUUGACUUUUUAUGAACUUUAGGAGUUCAUAUAGUCACAGCUUUUAAGGUUGUUGGAUAGAGGGUUUUAAGUACUGUUUCGUGAAACAAUUUGGAUCAAAUGAUGGGGAAAACUAAGAAGGUUUCAAAGGGGCGAUCGUUUGGGUUUGUACCAGACCGUCACCAUGUGGUUGAAACUAUGGGUGACUCGGAAGGGUAUGGUAGUUCGGGUCGUGUGGAUAUGGAAAUUACGGGUUCAGACGAUUCUUGUGCGCCGAGAAACAAGUCCAUGAACUUGAAUUCUGAUUCUUAUCAACCGUUUGGGGUUCCGAUGCAAGUUUUGUCUUUAUCAAAGAUGUCUGGUAUUGAAAGGAAACAGUUGGAAUCGAGAUUGAAACGUGAGCUUGUACAAGUUAGAAGAUUCCGGAAGAAUAUUGAGGAUGGUUUUUUGCCAUCGGGUGAUGUUCAUAGUUGUAGUGCUGGAGAAAGGAAACAUAUACCGAACUUUUCACAGUCUACAAAGAAAAGGGUCCUGCCGGGGCAGAAUCCGAAUGUCGAUGACGGUUUUCGCUCGAAGAAAGUGGCAUUACCUCCGGCUACUGGGAAUCCGAUGUUGAUGAAACAAUGUGAGACUCUUUUGAAACGUUUGAUGGGUCAUAAUUUUGGUUGGGUGUUUAAUACUCCGGUUGAUGUAGUGGCGUUAAAGAUUCCGGAUUACCAUACGGUUAUUAAACACCCGAUGGAUUUGGGGACAGUAAAAACAAAGCUAAAUUCAGGGAAAUAUGUGGAUCCGUGGGGUUUUGCAGCUGAUGUUAGGUUGACUUUUUCGAAUGCAAUGACUUACAAUCCACGUGGAAAUGACGUGCAUGUAAUGGCUGAAACUUUAAGCAAGUUUUUUGAAGUUAGAUGGAAACCGAUUGAGAAGAAACUAUCAAUCGUUACAGAGUCUUUGGUUCCUAUGAGACGGAACGUUCAAGAAACUGAAACUGAACGGAACGCUGCUACUUUUAUGCCUCCGUUUAAAAAGAAAAAGAUUGCAUCUUUUGGAAAUGCAAUAAAGCAAGAACCUGUGAAGAAGGUUAUGUUUAUGUCUGUUGCUGAAAAGGUUAAACUGAGCUCUGAUUUGGAGGCCUCACUAGCAGAUUUACCCGACGCUAUUAUCGAUUUUCUCAAAGAAAAUAGUUCGGGCGGGAAUGCAGCAAUGGAUGAUGAGAUUGAGAUUGAUAUUGAUAUUCUUAGUGAUGAAACAUUAUUCAAAUUGAGGAAGCUUCUAGAUGAUUCUUUGGCUGAUAAACAGAAAAACAUGACGAAAGCAGAAACUUGUGAAGUUGAGAUUCGUAACGAGUCAGGACCCAGCAAUUCAUCUAUGCAAGCAGUUAAAGAUGAUAUGAAUGAAGAAGAUGUAGAUAUCGGUGAAAAUGAUCUGCCUAUAACAACCUUCCCACCAGUAGAGAUAGAGAAAGAUACAGCUGUCAAGAACAGUAAAUGCAGCAGUUCAAGUAGCUCCAGUAGUGAUUCUGGAUCAUCGUCCAGUGAUUCAGACAGUGAAUCAGAUGAUGCCAAUGUUUCAGCCGUUGUGAACAACAUUAAGGACACAUUGGGCUCUGAAGUUAACCUGGAGCAAACAUCGGCUGUUCCCCGUGAUGCAAAAGAUUCUGUAAAUCGGGUGGGCCAAGUUGAGCAGAAAUCUCAAUCUGUCCCUGUAUCUGGUGAAGUAGAUGACCGUCAAGAGGGUGUGAGUGCUCCAAAUGAGAGGCGAGUGUCUCCUGAUAAGCUUUACCGAGCAGCUUUACUGAGAGGCCGUUUUGCUGACACUAUACUCAAAGCUCAAGAGAAAACCUCUGGAAAGGUUGAGCAGCAGGAUAGGGAUAGGUUGAGGCUCGAGAAGGAGGAACUCGAAAAGCGAAGAAAAGAAGAAAAAGCUCGACUGCAAGCGGAAGCAAAGGCUGCAGAAGAGGCUAAACGAGUAGCGGAGUUAGAAGCGGCUGCUGAAGCCAAAAGGAAAAGGGAACUUGAUAGGGAAGCAGCCCGCCAAGCUUUACAAAAGAUGGAAAAGAUGGUUGAUAUAAAUGACAAUUCUCGGUUUCUCGAAGAUCUAGAAAUGCUUAGUGUGGCACCCACCGAGCCUUUAUUAGACGAAAACAGUGUAGAUUGCUUUGACAUGAGCCGAAGAGGGAAUCCGUUGGAGCAACUGGGUUUAUACAUGAAAAACGAUGAUGAAGAUGAAGAAGACGGUGACCCUCCGGCCAUGGGAGAUGAUUCUGAGGAAGGCGAGAUCGAUUGAAUGUUUUGUUUCAGAGGGCAAUUUGGGUAUUACAGUUAUUGUAGUUAGGUUAGAAGGGUGCAAAUUUUGGAUGAAGAUGAGGGUGGUAUGUUUUUUUUUUUUUUUUUUUGAGGAAGAGGAAAUGCACUUGUGAAAGUUGCAAGAUGCUCAGUUGAAGGCUUUUUUUUUUUUUUUUGAAUUUCUUAACAGAAAUACGUUGAACCCCAAAAGUUUUUUUGACUGACAAAGAAUUGGUGAAUUUUUUUUGGUCUCGAUACUCGGCAGAGACCAGUUUUUUUAAUCAAUAAAAACUAUUUUACCUUA